GAGGCAGCCGCGCGGUCAUAGAGGAGAGAGAGGCUGAGCGGCUCUGACCGGGAGGUGAAGCUGCAGAACGGUGAUAUGAUGUCUGGUCAGACUGAUGUUGAUCAUGGGCCAAUGAAGAAGAUCAGCUCCAUGUUCUCCUCCCUGCAGGAGAAACUCCACAGGGACAAAGGAGAGAAAAAAGUUUUGACACCCCCGUUGGCCCCCACACCCAGACCACUUAGCCAUCAGGGCAGAAUCCCCUCACCUGGCCAGACGUUCUUCUUCGAGCACCUGGUGGUGGUGAGCCUGAAGAAGAGCAAUGGUGAUAAGGGCUACGAGCCACAGAUCAGUUACCAGUUCCCCAAAGCCACGAACAGAUCGCAGAAAGAGGAGGAGGAGAAAUGCCUUAAAGCCGUGACGCUGUUCUGCUUCCCUGAAGGUGUCAGCUGGGCCCCGCUUACAGAGUACCACAGUGAGACCUUCUCCUUCGUUCUGACGGAGAUUGACGGGAGCAGAAGAAACGGCUACUGCAGACGACUGCUGCCACAUGGUAAAGGAGCACGCCCCCCAGAGGCGUACUGCAUCAUCAGCAGGCUGGCCUGCUUCGGCCUCUUCUCCAAGAUCUUUGAUGAGGUGGAGAAGCGGAGGCAGAUCUCCAUGGCGAUGAUAUACCCGUUCAUGCAGAGCCUGAGGGAGGCGCCGUUUCCUGCCCCUGGAAACACAGUCAAAAUCAAGAGCUUCAUACCAGAGUCUGGAACAGAGAUAAUCAGUCUGACUCGGCCGCAGGACUCGUGGCUGGAACAUGUAGAUUUCCAAACACUAUUCCACUGUCUGACAGACGAGGAGGUGCUGCAGGUGUUCGCCGCAACAGUGCUGGAGCGACGAAUUGUCUUCAUCGCAGAGGAACUCGGUACUCUCUCCCAGGUGCUCCACGGUGUAGCUGCACUGCUGUUUCCGUUCCUGUGGCAGCACACCUUCAUCUCCAUCGUUCCUCGCGUGCUGCUGGACGUCUACCUGGCCCCAACUCCAUACCUGCUGGGCAUCCAGAGCAGCUUACAGCACCAGCUCACUGACCACGCCGACCUGCUGAUCGUGGAUCUCUCGGCACCCAAAGGAAGCAAGUUCAUCACCAGAAUCGGAGACGAGGACACUCUGAUCCCGGCUAAGCUGCAGGAGGAGCUGCUGCAGGCGCUGUGCAGGAGGAGCAGCGACGCUCCCACAGAGGAGCUGAACCGAGUGAUCUCUGAAGCCUUCCUGACGUUUUUCGUGAAGACUGUGGGUCACUUUGCGGAUCACAUUAAGAAGUCUGGAGGUGGGAAACAGGCCGCAAUGUUCCAGAAGAGGAACUUCCUGAAGGCUGUGGAGCCCAAAAGCAGUCGAACCUUUGUCAAACAGUUCGUCCAGACGCAGAUGUUCGACCUUUUCAUCCAGGAGGAGGAGAAACAGCCCAACCAUGAAGGUUUCUUCCGUAAGAAGGUGGCAGAGUAUCAGGAGAGGAGGAAGAAGGAGCGGAUGAAGAGCAGCUGGAUGAAGGGCGUGGUGGUCUGAAGUGUGUGUGUGUGUGUGUGUUUGAGAGUGUUUUGGUGUGAGAGGCCGUGUUAAAACCACUGUAUCUGUACGACUGAGUGAGUUUUAAACUAACAGUGUUCAUCCCGUCUGUGAUCAUCUAAACAGAGAAAAGAGCCAUUGUGUUUGUUAAAAAAAGCAUUUAUUUGUCAAUAAGCAUGCUGUACAUGUUUAAUUAUAAACUGAUAUAAAAUCAUUUACUGUAGUUAAGAUUGUUUUAACUGUAAAACGUAUUCAUGAUAAACCAGGAGUGUUCUGUCUUUUGUUUUAUUGCUUGUCUGUGAAACUCAUUUUGACAGCACAGCUGACUGAAAUGCACUUUAGUUCUAUUGAUAGGAAUAAAAUCUGAGGAAAAUAAA